CUACGUAGGUUUUUCACUCCAGCAAUUAUACUUAUACGGUUACAUAAGACUUAGAAAUGAUCAUUACUGUCACAGCGUUAUUCCAAUUAUCUCGUUAUUACAGGUCAGAAAUUCGAUAAUGUCUUCCCGCCGAAAAUUCGCCGUUGGCUCGGAUUGGCGCUAGCAAUUUUCGAUGUUUUUCUUUUGGUGGCUAUCACUACGGCUUCAAUUCCCUCAUCACAGUCUACAAAUCAGUUGGCGUCUACGCUUACAACUGUACGGAAAAUGGCUGCUCUUAUCAUUAUGAUAUGUUCGGAGUUGUUUUCAUGGUUUGGAUGGUGUCACAAAUGUGUCUUAUUGUAUUUGCUGGGAUACUGAUGGAUAAGGUGGGGCUGAGAAUAUUAAAACUGCUGGCAGCUGUAGUAUACUUUACUGGUACCGUAAUGUUUGCAUUUACAACUGGUGAAACAGUGCCACUAUUCUAUGCUGCCGGUAUACUUGUCGCUUUAAGUAGUAUAUGCAGCUUGAUAUGCAAUCAUCAAGUCAGUUCCAUGUUCCCACAGUUUCGUGGUCUUUGUAUAUCGCUUUUGUCUGGAGCGUACGACUCAAGUUCGGUUGUAGCUUAUGUGUUGUCGUUGACCUAUCUUGUAUUCCCAUUCAAAUGGUCGUUUAUUAUUUUGGCUUGCGGCUCAAUAGUUGUUGGCAGUUUUGUGGCACUCUUUAUCCUUACUCAGAAAUCUGAAGAUAUGGGGAAAUUCUCCUCCAUCAACACAGAAGAAGAAAAGUUAUGUGAGAAAACGUCAAUUGAAAGUUCGGGAGAAAUGGAUAUCUAUGGAGAAAUAUCUUCAAUUUUGGAUAAACGUUACCCAUCUUUAUUAAGUUGUGUUUUUUCUUUAUCAUACUUACUGAUUAAUCUUUGGUUUACUUUGGGUUUGUUUCGUUUCUCAUUUUACCUAUCGCACUUAGCAAAACACAUAAAUGAUGCGUAUUCUGACAAGUCAACUGCAGAUCAUUUGUUAAGUAUUUCCUCAGCAUUCUUCAUGUCGAGUUUCUUGCUGUCACCAGUUACUGGUCUUAUGAUUGACUUCUGUCUCAAAAGAGCUCGAACGAGCAUUAAGAACAUGCUCACCAACGAACGUGAUUUAGCGAAUCCCGAUAAAAUGUAUUAUACUCUAACACUUGGCCUAGUCCCGGGACAAGGUCUUUUGGCUCUCUCUGCUGUUGCUCUGAGUGCAAUGAUGUUUAUACCUAGUCCUAUAGCUUCUUAUGCAUCGUUUGUAUUCUUGGUUAUAUUAAGGUCACUCUUAUUCAGUUGCUUCAUUAGCUUUCUUCUGUCUGCAUUCCCAAUACGUUAUUUUGGUACAUUGAAUGGCAUUACUAGUGCGGUAUCAGGUUUAAUAUGUCUCUCGACGAAUGCCUUUCUUCGUACUAGCAGAUCUACAGAUAAUUAUGUAACCAUGGCGAUAUCGAUCGGGAUAUUUGUUGUACCUAUUAUUUUUCUAAUCAAAUCAAGACAAUAAAUCAGUCAGUGUUGUGAUCUUAUGAAAAUCUUGUUUUUAUUUUUAUAUUGAGACCCGAAAUUAGAUAUGAAUGCUUCAAUAUUUAAAUUUUGCAACAACUUAUAUGGUGUAAACUUUCGUUAAUUAAUUAAUUUUUUCAAUAAUAAAAAUUUAUG